AAAUUGGGAUUUCACGUGUUUGAGUUUCCCGCCAUAAAGCGGCAGUUUGGCUAGUGGAUUUUGUCUCUGUUGGGUUGGCAUUAGUGGUUGUAACGGUCUCUCGCAUCUCGCGCCUCCAACACUGCUACUUUGGUUUGCAGAUAAACUAAAUACAAAAUGUCUGAUGAUGGCGCAGCAGUAGAGAAGAAGGGCCGUGGCCGCCAGGCAAAGGCUGCUUCUGAAGAUGUGAAGGAACCAAAGAAAAGGGGGAGGGCAGCAGCAGAGAAGUCUCCUGCCAAAGAUUCCCCCAAGAAGGAAGAUGGUGAAGUACCUGCCAAGAGAGGAAGGGGGAGGCCAAAAGGCACAGGAAAGAAAGCUGCUGGAGCAAAACCCAAGGCUAAGGGUACCGGAAAGGGACGUGGAAGGCCCAAGAAGGAAGAAAAGUCUGAAGAAGAAGAAGAGGAAGGUGAUGAGGAAGAAAAUGGAGAUGAAUAGACAUUUAAAUCUACAAAAGAACAAUUCUCUGAACUGUGAGGGCCAAUUGUGUUCCCAGCAUCACAUCACUAGGAUAAAAUGAGUGUGUUCCCUGUAUAUGACAUGUGAUUAGGUUUAGAGUUGAUUUGUUUUAAUUGGACUUGAUGCAACAUUUUUUGCAAGAAAGAAGAUUUGUGACCCUAUUACAAAAUUGUUUAACAUACCCUAUUAAUAUUUUUGAAGUACAAAGAUCGAGUGUGAAGAGGUUAAUUCAACCUAGUGAUGAGUCCAAUUUCGUGUUGUGACAACUUGUCUAAAAUAAUCUAACCUUUUGUUUCUUAUCUGUGUUUUUAGCAUAGUCUUAAAAAUAGUUUACAUCUGUAUGUGUGGAAUCAGCUCAUUCUAUUUCAUUUUAUCUUCUAUAUUUUAAUAAUCUAUGAAUGUAUUUUACCUGUUUGAGACCUUCAAGUAUUAUAGAACUGUAAGUGGUGUGGAACCUAGCUAAACAAGGGAAAUUUGAAACGUUAAAAUAAAAAAAAAUUGUUUCUUCAGUUAGUUUUAUAAAUUUGUAAAAUUAACUUUAUUAUCCAUUCCUAUGGAACUUUAAACUAAAUAAAUACAAAGAUAGAUAUUUGUAUAUAUAUAUUUAUUUUCAUUUAAUUUCCCCUUUUUCAUGACGAUAAUAUUUUUGCCUUAUCAAGAUAUUAGAGUAUUCAUCAUUUUCGGUAAGGUACUGUUAAAAAUGUUUAGAUAGUAAAUUUUUUACUAAAAAAUGUUUUGUUUUCUUUUAGUAAUUAAAAUUAAUUGUAUAUGGUGAGUCACACUACACUGUAGUCUUUGGACAUGUUUGCAAUAAAAGUGUUUUGGAGUUGAA